CGGAACUUCUUUGUUCACCUAAGCAAUGCGAAGUGAUGGGCAAAGAAGAGCUUACUCAUGCCCUAUCGAGUUGGUGACACACUCGGUGCCUUCACGGUCGAACGCCUUCUGGGUAGAGGUGCUUAUGGCGAGGUCUUCCUGGUUCGUGGCCAGCUGCACUAUGCCAUGAAGGUGAUUCCAUGCGACCUCGGGCCGAACAAGGAGAUCCCGACAAAGCCUUCCCAUUUCAGAGAACGUGCUCAAGUUGCAGAUCCAACCCUCCAGGCAGCUCUUGCUGAGGCAAGCUUGUUGCAGGAACUUCGAUAUCCACAUAUUGUCAGCUGCGAAGAAAUUCUCUUUGACAUUGAACGAAGCGUAGUUUGCCUGGUGUUAGAAUACAUGGACGGCGGAGACCUUCAUGGUCUUAUCGAACAGCAUCGCAGAGAGAAUGAUCCUUUCGACGGACAUUUCCCUCGCAGAGUCCUGGCAGCAGUUGGAGGCGCUCUCCAGUACAUUCACGAGAUGGGGAUUCUGCAUAGAGACGUAAAACCUGCAAAUGUAUUGCUGUCAAGGAGAUCAUGCCGCAUCAAAUUGGCAGAUUUCGGAAUCGCUAAGCUUGUCGAAGCCGCUACACUCAAAGCGCACACUCUUGUUGGCACGCCAUACUACUUUUCCCCAGAACUAGUUUCUGGUGAGGAGUAUGGUCCUCCUGCAGACUGUUGGGCUUUGGGUGCAGUGCUGUACGAGAUAGUUGCAUUACGCCGGCCGUUUGAGGCCAGCAAUCAGCUAGCUCUUGUUCGCAAAAUCUGCGAGGAGACACCAGCAGCCCUUCCAGCUGAAACAGCAGAUGACAUUUCAGCUGCUGUGGAUGGCUUGUUGCAGAAGGAUGUCAGAAAACGAAUGUCUAUGGCAGAAGUGCUCUCGAUCAGCAGCCCGGUUGCUGCACUCGUGGCACCUUCUUUCCAGGCCAAUGAAGUUCCGACAGAAGAAGAAUGCUAUGCAGAGGAUGCCUCGGCACCCGACUGUGACGGUGGUGACACCUUUGAAAGCGACAGCGAUAGUUGGCACGAUGCUGACCUUGUUACUUCUUGGCGGGCCUCCAAUGCAGCUGGUUUGGCUAGAGCUGCUUUGGGUGCAGAUGAGGAUGACCCCGAAGAACUUCGAUGCGCUUUGCAAGCGCUCCAGAUGGAACGGAGGAGUUUGCCGCAUCCAGACAACGAGGAUCCUGUGCCGGAGGGCUACAAAGCCACAAUUGAUCCGCCAGAUGUGACUCAAUUUGAAGGAAAUUCUAGCCUCAGCCAAAGUGCAGGCACAUCCCGAAGAGGGGUGGACGGCGUUGAUGCACCAGCGUUGGAAUCUUUGGCGCAGGAAAUCCAGGUUCGUCUGAGUGCCUUACGCCAUGAUGCUACUGCAUUCCUGGAAGAGCUCUUUUUAAAUGGUGAAGAUGCAGAGGAGCGCCAAAAAAGUGAGGCACCGAACGCCUUCACUGCCUUCACUGAUGACAACGGAUCCCUUGCAUCAGCUGAAGAUGCAAUAGAAGUGGCAACCACGCUUGGCGUGGAAACUGGUGCGGCAGAAGAAAGGUUGGCAUCUAUUCGGCGCAUGCUGAGUGUUCGUGUUGCUUGGGACGAAGCUGUGCGCUUUUGCUUGCUCCCGCUCCGUGUGAGCUUCAAUGCGCUUCUCCAACAAGUGGCUGCGCGCUUCCAUGUCAAAGCACCGUCGACGUUGCAGCUGUGUUGGAAAGAGGCAGGAGAUUUGUUCCGUUUGGAUGGAGACAUGGCCUGGGAGGAAUGCUUGCAGAGACGUGGCCUUGCUGAGCGGCCUGGUCGAGUGGAGUUGGAGGUGCUGUCCUCAACAGGUCCGCCUCAGAGGCGGCGGAGACGGCGAAAAUCUCCAAAGACGACACGCAGAGCGACGGACAUCGAACCAGGCACUGCGACCUUCUUGGUCACUGGCACGCAGGCCUUGCAUGCCCCCAGUGUUCAGUUGGAGGACCUUCAAAGCAGCCAAGUGCGAGGUGACUGGAAAGCACGGACCCGAUUCCCCAGGGGCAAAAGCAGCGCUGCUGGCAGAGCCUGGGCUAUGUCGACUGGAAGGGAACCGCCCGUCCGAUCUGCCCAACACGCUCCACAGGCACUUCAAGGCGGACAGUCUCGGAAAGGAGACUUGAUGUUCUGCUUGGAGGGCUCGGCCAUUAGCGGACAAAAGCUGUGCACAAGCUGA